AAUGGGGGCGAGGCCGGAGGGAGCGGAGCGGCCGGCCUGGAGACCGAGCGCGGUGGCCGCGGCGUGCAGAAGCCGACGGAUUGGAGGCAUCGCGGAGCUGGGGUCGGCGCGGCGCCGAGGCAGGAGAGCGAGAGGGGUCCCUGCCCAGGAGACCGGGGUGGGAGGCCUGAGGGAGGCGCCGGGGCUGGCGCUGAGCCUGGAGCCUUCCCGGCCUGGCAGGCCCUGGGAGCCCGGGGGAGGGGGAGCCCAGUGAUCUCCAGGGGACACAGAGUCUCUUCUGGGUCCCAGUUGUCCUUUGAUUCCUGGGGGGACUUUGUCCCCAUUUCCUGAGCCGCAGUGCGGACCACAGCCCCUUCAUCUGAGCCCCACUGGGGACCCCAGGUCCCCCUCCUGAGCCCUGGGGGCUUCCCUCAGCCCCCUUCUCUGAACGCCACUUGUCUCUCAGCCUCCACAGACUCUGAGCCCAAAAGAAGCCAGAAGGCGUCUCCUCUCAAACACACAGAGGACCUCAGCUCCCCGUCCUGGGCACCCCAAACUCUGAGUCCUAGUGGGGAGCUCAGAUCCCUUCCUUCAGGAAACCUGGUUUCCCUUUGGCGAUUCCUUCCAGUGGGCAUCCCAGAGCAGCCCGGGCCUCAGAGGUCCAGCUGCCACUCAGUUCUCCUUCCUCUGGAGCCUCCAGACCCCUGGCCUGGGCACCCAGGUUCUAGUUCUGAGCCUCGAGGGGACCACAGCUUUCCUGUGGGUCCCAUCUUCUUUGCUGAGUUUCUGUGGGUACCCCAGGCCCUCCUCUGAACCUCAGAGGGUUCCCCAGCCAGAAGAUCUAGUUUUUUCUCUUCCAAGCCCCAGAGGCAACCUUGACACCCCCAUUUGAGGUUCUAGGGACGAUUCAGAUCUUCCCUCUCAAUAUUCCAGUGGAAACUGAGCCCCUCACCCCCUUCCAGACCCCAGGCGCUUCCCUCCCCACCCCAGGAGCCCUCCUCGGCUCUGCCUCCUUUGCACCUGAGCCCCGUCACUGGCUGUAAAGAUGAUGAUGUGGUCCAACUUCUUCAUGCAAGAGGAGGACCGGCGGCGAGCGGCCGCGGGCCGGCGACGGGCUCAAGCACAGCACAAGUCCUGGCUGACCCCAGAGCAGGAGGGGAAGAUCAAGCUGGUGCUGCUGCUGACCACCGUGGGUGCCACGCUGGCCGUGCUGGCCGUGGGCACCGAGUUCUGGGUGGAACUCAACACCUACAAGGUCAACGGCAGUGCCGUCUGCGACGCUGCCCACCUGGGGCUGUGGAAGAUGUGCACCAAGCGACUGUGGCAGGCCGACGUGCCCGCGGGCAGAGAGACCUGUGGCCCCGCAGAGCUGCCCGGAGAAGCAAACUGCACCUAUUUUAAAUUCUUCACCACGGGGGAGAAUGCACACGUUUUCCAGAGAACCACAAAGAAAGAGGUGAGUCUGGCGGCUGCGGUGAUAGCAGUGGUAGGCCUGGCAGUCAUGGCCCUGGGCUGCCUCUGUAUCAUCAUGGUGCUCAGUAAAGGUGCAGAGUUCCUGCUCCGAGUUGGAGCCAUCUGCUUUGGCCUCUCAGGCCUGCUGCUGCUGGUCAGCCUGGAGGUGUUCCGGCAUUCCGUGCAUGCCCUGGUGCAGAGAGUCAGCCCCGAGCCUCCCCCGCCCCCAGCCCUGACCUACGAGUACUCCUGGUCUCUGGGCUGUGGUGUGGGGGCCAGCCUGGUCCUGCUGCUAGGGGGCGGCUGCUUUCUCCUGCUCACCCUGCCUCCCAGGCCCUGGGCCUCACUCUGUCCCAAGUGGGGACACAGGGCCACCUAGAGCCACCAUUGUGCCUUCUCUAAGCUCCUUCCAAAUUCUUUUCCUUUCUCCAUCAUCCCCACUCGAAAUCAUUUGCCCCGUGUCCUGGAGAAACUGUGUUCUUCCUGCUCCAGGACCCAGACUGUUUGCACAAACCUCCCUCCCAUGCCCUCAUCUUUUCCCUCUGUAAAUAUGUUUUUCUCAGUGGCUGAAUUUGGGACGCUCAGGGCUGGGGUGGGCAGAGGCUUUUUGCAAACGAGGGUCCCCAGGGAAGGCUGGCAGGGACCUGAUGGGGUAACUAGGGAGUGAGGGGGCGGGGGUCUUGGGAGGGAGUUGGACCUGUUCAUUUCCUACAUCUGGAUGAGUUCCCUCGUGGGAGAGACUUCUUCCGACUAAUCUGAGACUCUGGGAAGUAGGGGACGGGGAGGGGAGGGAAGAAUAUCUGAGUCUGACCUUGCUGGGGUCUGAUUUGGGAUUAAAGGUUUGGAAACGUAA